AAGGAAAAUGGAAUCAUUCGAAAUUGAACAGAGAGCAAAGUCUAGAGGUAAGUCCAUACAAGAGUAACCUUGUGGUCUAAUCCAAUAUAGCUGAUGCCUUACUUGAUGAUGAAGACCAUAACUUUGUGCGCUCGGGACUUGAUUCAGAUAUCUCAGUCAGUGGAUCAUCAAGUCUCUGCAGAAGCAGUCCCAUUGCAAUUUGGACAAGCAUGUCUUAUAUACAUCAAACUAGCUUUACCUGCUGUUGGUGGCAUGCUUCUGAUGAGAGGUCCUGAAGUAGUUGACUACGUUGUAGCAGGCCAUCUUGGAGAUCCAGCAUUCGUGGCAGGAUUCGGGCUAGCUCUAGUAUCAAUGAGUGUAAUGGUAGUUUCUCUAAGUAUUGGAUUAUCAGGAGGAGUCGAAACACUUUGUUCACAAGCUUUUGGAAGGAACGAAGAUGCUCAAGCAGGAGAAUAUUAUAGAAGAGCACAACUCAUUAUGACAGCUUUAUUCAUACCCCAAGCUAUUUUGCUUUGUUUUGCUCCUGAGCUCUUAAUAAUGACAGGUCAACCGGAAAAAGCUUCUUAUCUAGCGGGAGAUUAUAUCAAAAUAUGUAUGCCAGGAAUUUGGUGUUAUUGUCAGACAGAACUACUCAGAAGGUUUUUAGGUGCACAAGGAGUGUUUAAAAUAAUCAUGAAUUUUCAGAUCUUGAACUUCUUCCUUCACUUCCUUUGGAUAUACAUCUUCGUGUAUACUCUAGAUCUUUCCUAUUCAGGUAUUGCUUAUGCGACUUUAAUGACAUACAUGCUUAACUAUAUCUGUCCUGUAUUAUACAUCAGCCUGUUCAGCACCAAUGUCCGAGCCGACAGCUGGGGCUGUAUCUCCAGAAGUACUUUCAGCGGAUUGCUGCAGUACUUAGAGUAUGGCCUUCCUUCAAUGACGAUGAACGUUGCUGAAGUCUGGGCCUUCGAAGUCGUCGUCAUCAUGGGGGGAUACUUUGGAGAAGAAAAUCUUGCAGCCUUUGUAACCACUUUUAACGUGAUGAUCACGUUGUACAUGGUUGCCCUUGGCUUUCAAUUUUCAGCCAACACUGUUGUGGGCAACUGUCUGGGUGCAGGCCAGGCUCAGAAAGCAAAAAUGUUCGUGAAUGUGACACUUGCAACUGCAGUUCUACUGUGAGUUGGUCACGCAAUUGUAGUCCUUACUUGAAAGGAUUAUAUUGCAGCCAUGUUAGUUACAGGAGAUGGAUUGAGAAAGAAAUGAUCCAAGAUGCUAGCCCUCUUUGUGUUUUUAGGAUUCGGCAAGUAUAUUCAGGCAAUCUCACAAGGAGUAAUAAAAGCAAUGGGAUUUCAGAAAUAUGCAACUGUGAUCUGUCUUGUUGGAUAUUGGAUAGUAUCCUUACCUAUAACUUAUUUCUUCUCUUUUCAUCUUGGAUAUGGUGUAGAAGCGUUAUGAAUCUGAUGCUCAAUUGGAAUGAUAUUCGCUGGAAUUUGAUCGACUAUCCUGAUCUAUAGAACAGAUUUGGAUAAGCUUUGUAAAGAUAUAGAUUUAGUAAUGAAGAGAGAAUCUAAAAAUCAGGCCACUUCUUAAUUCCUCCUUUAAAGGUUUCA